AUGUCUUUAAAUAAUUACAACAACAACAACAACAACAACCGCAACAAUAACAACAACAACAAUAAUAGUAAUAAUAAUAAUAAUAGUUUUACGAAUGAUAACUAUGCAAUUGAUACAGAAUGGGAAAAUAAUAAAAAUAAUAAUAAUGUAACAUCACCAAUAUCAUCAAAUCAUAGUUCACCAUCUUCGUCAUCAUUAUCAAGAUCAUCAUCUAUGUUAUUUGGAGAGAACAAUGGCACAUCACCAUUUAUAUUUGCUCAAUCAUUAACAUCGGUUUGUUUAGAUCCAAUGUCACCAUUACCAAAUGAAUGGUCACCCUCAGAUUUACAAUUACCACAAUCAUCAUCCUCUUCAUCCUCUUCAGCGACAACAGCGACAACAACAAAUGGGAAUAAUGUUAUAACAUCACCAACAUUACAAUUUAAUAAUAGUAGUAAUAUUAAUAUUCAAUCAUUUAAUAGCUAUAUUCAAAAGAUUAAGCCAUAUUAUAAGAUAUUCUUAGAGAAUAAACAAAAGGAUUUAAUACCAACAAACAAAAAAACUAAAGAAGAAAUCAUCAGUUUAGAGAAUAUACCAGCAUUCUUUUUUAAAAAGGAUAUGACAGUUAAUGAAAUUUUAAACUAUGCAAAUAAUGAUCCAUCACCAAUCAUAUUUCAAAAGUUGGAACAUUAUUACACUAUAAUCGAGGAGAAUAUAGUUGGUCAUGUUCGUGAUAAAUCUUUAUUAUUCUUUUCUGCAAUGUCUGAUUUAAAACAAUUUAGAUCUCAAUUAAUUAAUUUAUCGAAUCAUAUUAAAAAUUCAGAAGAAACAUUAGGUGAAAUUGAUGAUAAUAUUAUACAUGGAUUAAAUAUAUCAAAAUUAUUUCUUCAAAAGAAUAGAAUAAAGGAUACAUUAGAAACAUUAUCAUUGGUAUCAGAGGUUACACAAGCACAACCCGCAUUACAACUUUUACUAUCUAAAGGUGAUUAUAUGGGUGCAUUGGAAUUAAUCAAUAGAACUCAAUCAGCUAUCUCUUUAGAAUUACAUUACAUUUCAUCAUUAAAGAAUUUAUCACCACAAUUAUUGGAAAUGAUUAAUUUAAUCGAGAAAAUGUCAUUACAAGAUUUUAUUAAAUAUUCAUUAAAUGAUGAAAUCCUAUUAAGUUCUUCACCAAAUAGUAAUAAUAAUUCACCAAUUUUUAAUAAACUUUCUUUAAAAAAUAGAAAUAGAAAUAAAAUUAAUAGUAGUAAUAAUGAAGAAAAAGAAGAUAAUGAAGAUUACUAUGAUGAAGAAGACGAUGAUGAUGAUGAUGAUGAUGAAAAUAUAAACUAUGAAUCAUUAAAUGAAAAUUUAAAUAAUUAUUUAUCACCAUUAAUAAUUGUAUUAUUAAAAGUUGGUAGAAUUCAAGAAGCAUUAGAAGAAUUUAGAGAUGCAUCAAAUGAAUCAUUUAAACAACUUUUUAAGAAUACUGUUGCAAAUAUAACCUAUCAAUUAUUGGAUAGUGGUGGUAGUAGUCAUCAUAAAACACCCACAAACUCAUUCAACUCUCAAAAUUUCAAUUGGAAUGAUUGUAAAUUAAAACUUUUAAAAUUAUCUUCUAAUGAUUCAUUACCAUUAUUUAAAGCUGUUGAAAAAGCAUUUCGUAGGAAAUUCAUUGUAUUUUCAAAAGUUUUAGAAUUAAUUAUAGAUAUUGUAAAUAAUAAUAAUGGAAUUAAUAAUAAUGGAAUUAAUAAUAAUAAUAAUAAGAAUGGUGAUAAAUCACCAAAUAUAUUUGGUGAAACAGUUAUUAAUACUUGUAGUACAGUUGCAUAUUCAAUAAUUGAAACUAUGCAAGAAAGAAUAUCAUCAUUAAUGAAAGUUAGGGGUGAAAUUAAUGCAAAAUUGGCAUUACCAGAUUUUGUAUUACUCUAUAAUCAAAUUGAAUCAUUUUUAAAGUUUACUGAAUCUUAUUCACUUUCAAAAAGAAAAACACCAAUCUUAAGAUCAUCAAUAUUGGCUCAAUUAAAAAUGUUUUUAGAUAUUCUUCAUCAAAAUAGAUUAUCAUCAUUAAAAUUAUUAUUAGAAAAUGAAGAUUGGGUACAAGUUAAAGUAGUUUCUGAAUUUCAAAAUAUUGUAAAUAGUAUAGUUCAACAAUCAACUGAUUAUAAUAAUAAAGAUAAUAAUAAAGAUAAUAAUAAUAAUAAUAAUAAUAAUGAAAAUAAUAAUAUAUCAGAUGAAAUUUAUAUAAAUAGUGAACCAUUUAAAGUUGUAAAUACAUCAUUAAUGUUAUUGAAAUUUAUAAAUGACUAUUUAUGUUGUUGUGAAAAGUUACCAACGAUUAUUAUAGAUUCACUUCCAAAGAUUAUAGAGAUUUUAAAUACAUUUAAUAGUAUGACUCAUCAAUUGGUAUUGAUGGCAGGUGCUAGACAAACUAUGAAAUUGAAAACUAUCACUUCCAAACAUUUAGGUUAUGCAUCACAAUCAUUAAGUUUUCAAAUAAAGUUAAUACCAUAUAUAAAGGUGAUAGUAUCAAGAUCAUUAACAGUGAAACAGUUAUCAUUAUUGAAUGGAUUGGAUAAGUUGCUACAAGAUUUCGUUUCACAUAGACAAGAGAUUUUCAAUAAAUUUGUGGUUAUCAUUAAAGAAAGAUCAAGUUAUCAUCUUAAAGUUUUAGGUUCAAUAGAUUUAAGAGAUGAUACUUUACCAAUUCCAACACCACCAAUAGCAUCACUCUCAAAAGAUAUUACAACACUUCAUAAAUUAUUAGCUUCAAUUUUACCACCUGAUCAAUUAUUUAAAGUAUUUACAAAUAUUUACUUUAUGUUUAAUAGUUUAUUCAUUGAAAAUCUUUCAAAGUUUGAUAUGUCUCAUAAAUUAUCAAAAAGAAGAAUACAUAAUGAUGUUUUACAUUUAUUAAAUUCAAUUCGUAAUUUGCCAAAUGCUGGUGAUCCUGGUAAUGAUAUUGAAGAUUAUUUAAAUCAACAUUUUCCAAUGUAA